AUGGCCCUCCAAGCACGUACCGCCGUCGUCUCGCGCGUCACCAACGAGACCAAAAUCCAAGUAUCGCUUUCCCUUGACGAUCCCGAAGAAGCAGAAGCCGCAAAGAAGGGCAUUGUCCCUCCUAAGGAUGCCAGUCAUGCCACACAAUUCACCCCGACCCAGCAGAUCACCGUGAGCACUGGAAUUGGCUUCCUGGACCACAUGCUGCAUGCGCUGGCCAAGCACUCCGGAAUGAGUCUGGCGGUUCGCGCAAAGGGCGAUCUGUACAUUGACGACCACCACACCACUGAGGACACCUUCCUAGCCGUCGGAACAGCAUUCACAAAAGCCCUGGGCGCCCGGCAAUCACUGGCGCGAUUUGGCCGCGGUGACGCCCCGCUGGACGAGGCUCUCUCAUGGGCCGUUAUCGACCUGUCAAGUCGUCCCUGGGCCGUGAUCAACCUUGGCUUCCGCCGCGAGAAGAUCGGCGACCUGAGCACUGAGAUGAUCACCCACGGUCUGCAGAGUUUCGCCCAAGCUGCCGACGUCACGCUCCACGUUGGCUGCACAUACGGUGACAACGACCACCACCGCGCGGAGAGUGCCUUCAAGGCUCUCGCGGUUGCUAUUCGCACCGCUGUCACCCGGAAAACGGCCGGCGAGGUCGGCGCUGGCGAUAUCGUUAGCACCAAGGGUGUUUUGUAA